AGAUUGGGAGAGAUCUUCCCACUCAUCCAUCAUCCAUCUCUCUUAUCAUAAGAUGUUUUCCAUCUCUUUCCCAAUUGGGUCGUACCUGCAUUUAUUAAAAAUAUCCCGAUGAGUGGCUGUGCUUCCAGCUGUGUACCCAUGCAAUCUGCAUCUUCUGCCUAAUAUUGAUUUUCGGAUAUCAAUCGAAAAGAUCCAAUCCAUCCGAUCCCAUAAUUCCAUUUGAUCUCGUCAUUCGAGUUCUCUUUCCCCAAGCCUCCUUGGUCAAACUUUAAUCUGGGCCGCUUUUUGGGCCAGUUCUUGGGCCACUCCCUUUAGACAUUAUGUCCGACAGUCCACUGUCAAUUGCUGCUAGUAUCACUGGCUUGCUCACAUUCGUUGCAGCUGUAGUUGCUGGUUUCUAUGCACAUGCUCUUGGUCUUCGCGAUGCCAUUGAUACACAAGCCGAGAUAUCUAGUGCAUUGGACAAAAUAUAUCUUCUCGAAACAGAGACUGAUAUGCUGAAUAAUGCAUAUCUAGCUUCCCUCAUUCGUCAACCUGAUCGAAAAUACGGGACGGGCGAUUUCAAGUAUUUCCAAGGACUUUAUGUACGAUCUUUAGAACGAAUGCGAGUGAUGGAUAGAGAAUUGAGAACGAGCGCUGAAUUGGUAACCAAAGGGGAUGGAUAUGGUAGGAUAUCUAGAGUAAAGAGAAAGGCUGCUUGGAUGGCUUCGAGAACACGCAUUCAGAGAGAGAUUGAUGAGAGGAAAACCGAGAGCAUAAGAAUCUUUCAAAUACAACUUGCCAUGUUAUCAGCGUGAGUAUAGACCAAUCGCUCAUUCCUACGAUUGUUGGGAACUAGCUCAAGGAUACUUGCAGGAAAAUUGAUGAGCUAUCUUAUCAUCAAAACAAUCAUAACGCCACCUGCAAUGCCAUGCUAGCUGAUACGGGAGACUUGUCAAAGUAUGUGCUGUUAACGUCCGGCGCCAAAUACCGGACCCCAAAAUUAACAUUUGCUAAUUCAAUCAAUAGUGGCAUCAUGAAAAUGCCUCCGACACCCCCGUCCCCUACACUUUCUAGUGUCACUCCUAACCGGGAAAAGAUAAAUAAUCAUGCACAGAUAUUAGCCACGCCAAGUCAAUACUACACGCCUUCAAAAACGUCGGAGUUAGCUCCACUUAUGUCACUUCCAUUGAGAGUAUGAGAGUAUAAGAUUCGGUUUCGUUCCAGAUAAGUCGAAAUUCAAAAAGACUUCUUCCUAGUACCACGUCAAAGCUUCCGCUUCAUUUCACCACGUCGAUUGUAACCUGGUUACCGGAUGGGGAAGAUCUGUUCAGCUCUUUAAAGAACCUUG